AACGAAACGACCGCAAACAAAUAUAUCAUAUCUCUCAACUUGACUCAUUUCCCAUUUCGGUUGAUUGUGUCGCGACUGCAGCAUGUCUGAGAAGCCGACUGUUCUGAUUUUGGGUGGCUGCGGCUUCAUCGGACGCAACUUGGCCACUUAUCUGCUGGACAAUGAACUGGCGCAGGAAAUACGGCUGGCCGAUAAGACGCCUCCUCAGAUGGCCUGGCUAAACGGGGAGCAGGAGCGGGUCUUCGAGAGCGACCGGGUGGAGUUCUGCAGUGCCAACCUUAUAAAUGCCGCCUCUUGCAAGGCAGCCUUUGCGCCACACCCCACGACCGGAAGGGCCUGGGACAUCGUCAUCAACUGUGCGGCCGAGACGCGUGCCAACCAGGAUGAUGCCGUGUACAAGGAGGGCAUCCUCAAGCUCAGCCUAAACUGCGCCAAUGAGGCGGCCGCCCAGCGCGUUAAGCGCUACGUGGAACUCAGCUCCGGAUGUGUGAACAGCAGCGAGAAGACGCCACUGAAGGAGGACUGCAAGCUGGACCCCUGGACGGGCGUGGCCCGUCAGAAACUGAAGGUGGAGAAGGAGCUGGCCAACAUCGACGAUCUCAGCUACACGGUCGUCCGCUUGCCCGUGGUCUAUGGCAUUGGCGAUAAGCGCUAUUUGAUGCCGCGCAUUAUAAUCGCUGCCAUUUACAAAUACCUCAACGAGACAAUGAAGCUGCUGUGGAACGAUGCCAUGCGUUUGAAUACGGUGCACGUAUCGGAUGUGUGCGCCGCAGUUUGGCAACUGGCUCAAAGCCCAAAGACCGCUGGGCAUAUCUACAAUGUCGUCGAUGAUUCAGCAUCAACGCAGGGCAGCAUUAGUAAUCUGUUGGUGGAUAUUUUCGACAUUAAUGUAGACUAUUUCGGAUUGGUCAUGUCGAAUUUGGCAAAACUUUAUCCCACGGACACCGUUGGGGAAAUCAACGACAAGCACAUGGCACCCUGGGCCGAGAUUUGCCAGCGCAAUGGCAUCGACAACACCCCGCUGACACCGUACCUCGAUGAGGAGCAGCUCCAGCACAAGCACCUCUACUUGGACAACACGAAACUGAAAGACUUUGGCUACGUGCUGCAGCAUCCGAAGCUCAAUCGUGAGCUGCUCAUGGAGAUGAUCAACGACUAUGUUAAGCAGCAAUUGUUUCCCAAAUCUUUAGUUCUUUGAGUCGUCACUCCUACCGAAAGAUUGCACCACGUUGACAUGCACUCAAAUCCGGAGACAUUUAUACCCUGUAGCUAGUAUGCCAAGAGAUUUAUUAUUGAAAUUGGCAAUAGUUUUUAACGAUUAUGACUCCUCUUCCAUUUUGUAUACGGACCCCGAUACUCUCGCAUGUACGCUGUACUGUAUCUCAGUUUUUUUUCCCACAAAAGUGUACUUAUAGUAUUAUAGAACCCAUAUAUUUUUGAUACAUUCCAAUCGAUCCAACGAUGUAUACGUUUUUACGUACGCGUAAUCAUAUCUUUGAGACUAGCAAUUGUAUUCCAUUGUGAUCAGCUAAGUGGCCAACUGCAGUUGACAAUUAAAACACACUUGUUUAGAGUUUA